GUCAGGGCUGUCGAAGGGGCCUUGAUGGAAGAAAGGAGGACAUCGUCUUGUCAGCAAACAACACUUACAGUUUACAAUUCUUGGAACGCAAAAGACGCGUGUGAAAAUCACUGAGGAAGGAUACAACGUCGUACAGAAGUUAAUUAAGUUUAUAUCGCCGGAGUCACGCUUUCUAUGUCUAAAGUGCAUGGUUCUAGCGGGAUAUAAGUGUUUCACUACAAAAUUGAAAGUGUUUGAAAUGACAGUCGGUACAGUGAGGAUAAAGCAUAAUAACAUAUUGUCUUUCUUUACCUUCCAACAAGAUGAUUUACUUACACUGCGGACUUGCACAACCUUUCUCUCCAAUUUACUUUUUGGUUGCAGCGGGGAUCUUGGCGAUGUUUAACAACAGUAAAACAUUUGGAUUUGAACAAGAGACGGAGAGCUUUCUACAGGGGCUUCCGCAGUACGAGGUCGUUCACCCCUACCGAGUGGACGCCAAAGGUCACUUCCUGUCCAACUUUGUGUCCCACCGCGUCAGCCGGGUACAGCGGAGGGAAACCCAGGGGGAACCAGGAAACCCUACACGGGUGUUCUACCAGUUGCAGCACGAUGGCCACAAUCUGCACUUCAACCUCACCCUCAACCCACACCUGCUGGCUCCUGGCUUCCUGACUGAGCGAAGGUACGGUGGCAUGGAGGGGGCCAAAAUACGCAGCCAUGGCCCUUCGCUGUGCCACUUUAUCGGGGACGUGUGGGACCAGGCAACCAUGAAGGGGAGGGCGGCUAUAAGCACUUGUGACGGCCUGACUGGGCUGUUCAAGCUGUACCAUGAGGAGUUCUUUAUCCGGCCAUUGGAGCGGUCUAGUGAUGAGUUGACGGCACCACAAGUCCACAUUAUCUACAAGCGCCACACCUCCCCCACCCAAAGCCAGUUGGUACAGCCCAUCUCUGGAGACCAUACCACCAACGGUACCUGUGGGGUCAAAGAUCCCGCUGCGGCGUUGGAGCGUGUUGAGAGGCAACGGGAGCGCUGGGAGAGACGCCAGCGGAGGAAGAGGAGGAUACGCCAGCGUUCCAUCAGCAGGGAGAAGUGGGUGGAAACGCUGGUGGUGGCCGAUUCCAAGAUGGUGGAGUACCACGGCACCAAGGGCGUGGAGAGCUAUGUACUGGCUGUCAUGAACAUCGUGUCGGGGUUGUUUCAUGAUGCCAGCAUUGGAAACCCUAUCAACAUCGUAGUGGUUCGUCUGAUCCUGCUGGAGAAGGAAGAGGAAGACCUGAAGAUCACCCACCACGCUGACAACAGCCUGAGCAGCUUCUGUAAGUGGCAGAAACGGCUUAACGUGAAGGGAGAAGAACACGCGGUCCAUCACGACGUGGCCGUCCUUCUCACCAGAAAGGACAUCUGUACGGCCAUCAAUAAGCCCUGUGAGACCCUGGGCCUGUCUCAUGUGGCAGGAAUGUGUCAGCCCCACCGCAGCUGCAGCAUCAGUGAGGACACGGGCCUGCCGCUGGCCUUCACCGUCACCCACGAGCUCGGGCACAACUUUGGGAUUCAGCAUGAUGGGAACGGCAAUGACUGUGAGCCGAUUGGGAAAAGACCUUUCAUCAUGUCUCCACAGCUCCUGUAUGGCACCUCCACCCCCAGCUGGUCGCGCUGCAGCCGCCAGUAUAUCACCCGCUUCCUCGAUCGAGGCUGGGGCUGGUGCCUGGAUGACCCCCCCAUGCGGGACGUGCUGGAUCUGAACUCUGUUCCCCCCGGGGUCCUGUACAGUGCUGCCCACCAGUGCCGCCUACAGUACGGCUCUGGAUCCCUGCUCUGUGACGACGUGGACGUAAGACCCCUGAAUCUGAACCAAUACUUGUCUGUUUCUUCAGCAUACUCCUGCUAUCUGCAUAUCCCUCCAUGUCCCAAGUACGGAGGGAAGUACUGCGUGGGGGAGCGAAGGCGCUAUAAGAUCUGUAACAGCACCCGCUGCCCCCCCAACCAGCCCUCCUUCAGACUCAUCCAGUGCAGUCACUUUAACACCAUGCUUUACAAGGGCAAGUUCUACAAAUGGGUGCAGGUCAACAACCGAGUGAACCCCUGCGAGCUGCAUUGCCGCCCUCUGAACGAGUACUUCUCAGAGAAGAUGCUGGACGCGGUCAUUGACGGGACCCAGUGCUAUGAGGGCAGCUUGAGCCGAGACAUGUGUGUUAACGGCAUCUGCAAGAAUGUGGGGUGUGACUAUGAGAUUGACUCCAACGCGGUGGAAGAUCGCUGUGGGGUUUGCCAUGGCAACGGGUCUACUUGUGAGACUGUGAAGAAGACCUUUGAGGAGAGCGAAGGGCUUGGGUAUGUGGACAUUGGGCUGAUUCCAGAGGGGGCUCGGGAAAUUCGUAUCGAGGAGGUGGCUGAGGCUGGGAAUUUCUUGGCUCUCCGGAGUGACGACCCCGGAAAGUACUUCCUGAACGGCGGUUGGACUAUCCAAUGGAAUGGGGAAUACAAGGCAGCGGGGACGGUGUUCACCUAUGAGAGGACAGGACAACUGGAGAACCUGACCUCCCCUGGACCAACCCUAGAGCCCGUGUGGAUACAGCUACUCUUCCAGGAGACCAACCCAGGGGUGCGCUAUGAGUACACCAUCCAUAGAGAGACUCUUCUGGACUCAGACAAUGACAUCCCUAUCCCCGGUUUCUUCUGGAAGUAUGGCUCAUGGACUGAGUGCAGUGCCACCUGCGGGACAGGUGUCCAGCGACAGAUUGUUCACUGUGUGGAGAGGACCUCUGGGAUAGUAGAAGAGGGCUACUGUGACCCGACGACCCGUCCUGACGAUAAACGAGCCAGUUGCAAUGAGGAGCUUUGCCCAGCCAUAUGGUGGGUGGGCGAGUGGCAGAAGUGCUCGGCCACGUGCGGUGAGAAGGGCUUGGCCAAGAGGACGGUGCUGUGCAUCCAGGCCGUGAGUCUGGAGGAGAACAGAGCCCUGCAGCCCUCUGAAUGUCACCACAUACCCAGGCCUGAGUCAGCGGCGCCUUGUAACGCUCAUGUCCCCUGCCCCGCGGACUGGUCCACAGGCAACUGGUCUGAGUGCUCGCUGACGUGUGGCGGGGGUGUGCGGAGCCGAAAGGUUGUCUGUUCCAGAAACACAGGGGUGGACUGUGACCCCCGAAAGAAUCCCAGUUCCCUUACUCCAUGCUACCUCCAGGACUGUCCUCAGAUCAUCGACGUCUUCGGUGGCAGCAACGACUGGUCUGGCAGUGGUUCGUCAAGCAAGGAAAUCAACGAAAUCAACUCCAUCCCUGACUCCAACCCCCUGCACAAACACAGUACGACUAGGGCUCAGCCAAGGGCCCCUAACAAUCUGAAUAACAUCAUCCCCCACCCGAAUCACAUUGACAAGACUACUGACAACUCAGCCAAAAACAAUGUACCUGUGGACGAUUUUUACUACGACUACAACUUCAUCAAAUUCCACGAGGACAUUUCCUACGACUUUGGCUUGGGGAACAACGGUAAAGACUUGGUGGAUGAUCUUGGACCAGAUCCACAACAGGAGCCUAAACCAAGUUCUAGUGCAGAAGAACAUGUUUACAGAGAAACUACAACAGAUCCUCCCACAACUACUACCUCACCCAUUUCUACCACUUUUAAGACGACUCCUUUCAUUAGGGAAGUUGAGGAACCACAAGACCCUAACCUGGACCAUGCAGAGAUUGAUGGAAGACUACAGACGGAGAAACCCAAUGAAGUAGAGCGAGAGGAGGAGGAUUUACUCCUUUCAGAGGACUAUUUUCUACCUGUUUCCACCACACCCUCAGCACCAGUUUUAGAGACCAGGUUAUCACAAAGCUGGAAAGAAACAAACAGUAAUUUUGGUUGGCCUCAUUACCUCAGCACAGCAGCCAGCCCAGUGCCCACUAGCAUGGGAACCACUGAGAACACACAUGGGCCCCAGAGUGAAAAAAAUGAUGAUGAAAACACUGACAUUCAUGUCCAUUUUGAUGUGAAAGACAGCAAUGUUGGUACAACCAUUGAAUGUACCACCACUGCCCCUGUCAGCCAUGACUAUGAAGAUGGCACCGUACCCACAACAAUGGUAGAAGAGGUCAAAGAAGUGGGUGUUUUGGACUACAAUUCCCACCAGGAGACUGCAAUUGGACUACAAUCCCCUGGCUACCAAGAUAAAAAGGAGAGCCCGCUUCCACCCCUGGAUCCACCUUCCCCAGGACCUGUGUUUGAGUUUGAAACAUACGAGGACAGCUUUUUCACCACAACCCUGUCCCAAUGGGAGGCAACCACCUCUCUUCCAUACGAGCCACCAGCCCCAGACUCCACUGGGGAUUACAAUGGCUUUUUCCCUGGUGAACCAGACUUUGAUCAGCAGGACUUUGAAAUUGAGCCCAAAGCUGAUAGCGAAGUCAAUUUAGGGGUCACCGACAGUGACUUCACCGUGACCUCACGUCCUGUGCCUCAGGAGCCACAUCUUCCACCCUCUCCUCCCCUACCUCUUUCCCAUUCACUCUCAGGAAACCAGGAGAACAUCAAACACAGCACAUCAACAACUGGAAGUGACUCUCCUCCUCCUACUCAUCUGGAAGGAGACCCUCAGUCUCCACCUCCGUCAAUGUUAGCAGAGACAAAGCCAGCCACAGCCCAGUUAGAGACAGACAUUUCAGCACAGUCCUCCACGACUGGGCCAACUCCAUCUAAAGGGGCCAAUGCGGGCCCUCCAGUCCCCUCCCCAUACGGGUGGUCAGAGAUUGACUACAAUGAGAUCCUCAUCCCCCCCAUGCUGAGAUCCAGGGGCAUGGACCCUUCCCUCACAUACCAACCCCCAGUGGAUGUCACCACAACCACUCCCCAGGAUGGCACGAAACCCAUGCCCCCCACCCAGUCCUAUGAGCCAGCCGUGCCCCCACCCAGUCCCCUGAGCCAGCCGUGCCCCCACCCAGUCCCCUGAGCCAGCCGUGCCCCCACCCAGUCCCCUGAGCCAGCCGUGCCCCCCCAUUCCCCUGAGCCAGCCGUGCCCCCCACCCAUUCCCCUGAGCCAGCCGUGCCCCCCACCCAGUCCCCUGAGCCAGCCGUGCCCCCCCAUUCCCCUGAGCCAGCCGUGCCCCCCACCCAUUCCCCUGAGCCAGCCAUGCUCACUCUGCCAACCCAUUCUCCCACAACACUCUCGUGGACACCAGAGCCAACCCCAGUGCCAAACCCAGCUUCCACUCCAAACGCCACAGCUUCCUUCUGGAGAGCCGGCAACUGGAGCGCAUGUUCUACUAGCUGUGGUCUGGGGGCCAUCUGGAGGCUGGUGGUCUGCAGCACAGGACUGGAGUCUGACUGUGACCUGACCAAGAGGCCUGUGCCGGCCCGGCGCUGCUACCUCCGACCCUGCUCCUCCUGGAGGAUAGGGAACUGGACCAAGUGUUCCAAGAACUGUGGUGGUGGGGUGACCCUGCGUGAGAUCCAGUGCUUUGACACCAGGGACCAGAGGCCUUUGCGGCCCUUCCACUGUCAGACCGUGUCUACCCGGCCGGUAGCACGCAUACCCUGCCUACCCCAGCCCUGCCUGGACUGGUACUCUUCUUCCUGGGGACAGUGCUCUGAGGUGUGUGGGGGAGGGGAGCAGCAGCGUCUGGUUACCUGUCCAGAAGAGGAUCGCUGUGACGAGGACCAUCUGCCCAGCAACAUCCAGGCCUGUAACAGCCAACCCUGUACCCAAUGGGUCACUGGCUCCUGGGGACAGUGCUCUGCAUCCUGUGGUGGCGGCGUGCAGCGGAGGCUGGUGAAAUGUGUGAACACCAAGACGGAGCCUGAGGAGGAGGAGGAUCAUGCCCAGUGUGACUCUGAGCCCUGGCCAGAAAACAGCCAAAAGUGUAACCUGAAUGAGUGUGACAGCGGCCCUGCUGGGCUCACGUGUCUUCGUGACCGCCUCACGUUCCGUUUCUGUCAGACCCUCCAGUGGCUUGGCCGAUGCCACCUGCCCGCCGUGCGGACACAGUGCUGCAAGACCUGUGGCCGGCGUUCCCGUGGCAACGAGCGCACGUCCCGUCGCUGAGGUCAGCGAUCAAUAUAGGGUGGACACGGUCACCCACACUCUUACACUCUCACACGCACAGACAUGGACACGCACAGACAUGGACACACACAGACAUGGACACACACAGACAUGGACACGCACAGACAUGGACACGCACAGAUAUGGACACGCACAGACAUGGACACACACAGACAUGGACACCCACAGACAUGGACACCCACAGACAUGGACACCCACAGACAUGGACACGCACAGACAUGGACACGCACAGACAUGGACACGCACAGACAUGGACACGCACAGAUAUGGACACGCACAGACAUGGACACACACAGACAUGGACACCCACAGACAUGGACACGCACAGACAUGGACACGCACAGACAUGGACACCCACAGACAUGGACACGCACAGACAUGGACACGCACAGACAUGGACACCCACAGACAUGGACACCCACAGACAUGGACACGCACAGACAUGGACACGCACAGACAUGGACACGCACAGACAUGGACACGCACAGACAUGGACACGCACAGACAUGACAUGGACACGCACAGACAUGACAUGGACACGCACAGACAUGGACACGUACAGACAUGGACACGCACAGACAUGGACACGCACAGACAUGGACACGCACAGACAUGGACACGCACAGACAUGGACACGCACAGACAUGGACACACACAGACAUGGACACGCACAGACAUGGACACGCACAGACAUGGACACACACAGACAUGGACACACACACACACAACACAUACAGAUGAUCAGGUAGCAGCUCUGGACCUGCAAAAUUGCAGCAUCCAUCUUGUCCAUCUGUCGUUGAAGGGUGAAUUGAGCUGGAUACACACACAAUUUAUCAUACAGGUCUAGUGUCAAAUUGGUAGCUACUCUCACCCUGCUGUCCUGGCUGCUGGGUCAGGGCUGCUGGGUCAGAGCUGCAGGGUCAGAUCUUCUCAGUGCUGUUGGGAUAGAGCCACAUUCUGGGUGGUAGGAAAACUAUACCUGAGCUGUGCUUGAUUAGUUUGUCUGGUAUAAUGGAACCAAUGGAAUAGUCCCAAAGGUGCUAAUAGAAUUAUUUCAAGCACUCCUCAAAAAAAUGAUUUUACACAUAGUAGGAUGGGAUUACAUGACACAACACAAAUUCCUCCAAACUGUAUAAUGAAGAACCAUGGCUGUUGCUCUCUCUACUGUUGAGAUAAUGAUGUAUGUGUUUGUUUGCACUUUUCUCUCUGAUGGAUCCAACUGUUAUUCUGUUUUGAUUGUAAGAAAUGGUGCAGCUGGAACACGUGGUUUAGUCAUUUAGUCAUAUGUCUGGUUCAGCCAGUAGCAACGUGGACUGGAACACGUUGUUUAGUCAUAUGUCUGGUUCAGUCAGUAGCAACGUGGACUGUAACACGUUGUUUAGUCAUAUGUCUGGUUCAGACAGUAGCAACGUGGACUGUAACACGUUGUUUAGUCAUAUGUCUGGUUCAGCCAGUAGCAACGUGGACUGGAACACGUGGUUUAGUCAUAUGUCUGGUUCAGCCAGUAGCAACGUGGACUGUAACACGUGGUUUAGUCAUAUGUCUGGUUCAGCCAGUAGCAACGUGGACUGUAACACGUGGUUUAGUCAUAUGUCUGGUUCAGCCAGUAGCAACGUGGACUGUAACACGUGGUUUAGUCAUAUGUCUGGUUCAGCCAGUAGCAACGUGGACUGUAACACGUGGUUUAGUCAUAUGUCUGGUUCAGCCAGUAGCAACGUGGACUGUAACACGUGGUUUAGUCAUAUGUCUGGUUCAGCCAGUAGCAACGUGGACUGUAACACGUUGUUUAGUCAUAUGUCUGGUUCAGCCAGUAGCAAUGUGGACUGUAACACGUUGUUUAGUCAUAUGUCUGGUUCAGCCAGUAGCA